AUGUUUGGAUCCUCUAGACCAGCGUUUGGUUCAACUGGCCAAUCCUUUAAUUCUCCAAAUAAUAGUACAUCCCCAUUUGGUGGAGUUCCUCAACAAUCAACAGCAAGUGGAACACCAUUUGGCAUGAAUCAGCAACCUACAACUGUUCAAAACACUUUUAAUUCAUUUGGAUCCUCAGCUGCCACUAACUCCCCUUUUGGUGCCAAUAGUACGCCAUUUGGCUCCGCCCAACAGCAACCAGCAAAUGCUUCGACGUCAUUAUUUGGAAAUGCUAAUCAAUCUGUACCUGCCAUGACAAAUCAAUUACAAAAUGGUACCACCGUGAAACCAUUCCAACCAUUUCAAGAAAAGGACAAUACCACUCAAAUGACAAACGUUUAUCAGAGUAUUUCUUGUAUGCCGGAGUAUAGAAAUUUUUCAUUUGAAGAAUUAAGAUACCAAGACUAUCAGAAGGGCACCAAGUUUCCCAAUGGGAAUACACAAUUUUCCGGUACUACGAUGAAUAAUUCUGCGAACAUGUCGACUGGUGGUUUUGGCACGCAGACAAAUACUGCUACAGGGGGCUUAUUUAAUCAGAAUCAACCUACAAAUACUUUCAGUGCGGCAAACCCUAAUACAUCCUUCGGUGCCAGCAAUACUACUGGAGGAUUAUUUGGGAAGACUACUACUGGGCAACAAGGCACUGGAAUGUUUGGUCAACAAAAUAAUGCUACUGGGAAUUCCUUGUUUGGACAGCAAAAUAAUAAUAAUAAUACUGGCGGUGGAUUAUUUGGACAGAAGACAGCAAACCCUUUUGGCUCUAAUACGUCCUCUACAGGUACAGGAGUUUUUGGUCAACAAAAUACUACUAAUAAUAAUGGUUUAUUUGGUCAGCAGAAUAACCAGCAGACCUCCACAGGGUUAUUUGGGCAAAAACCACAAGGUAUGUUUGGAAACAAUACAACCCAAACUCCAGGUAAUAUGUUUGGUAUGAAUAACACAAAUACUCAACAACAGGGGAGUAGUUUGUUUGGACAAAAUACUGUUAACAACCAACCACAACAAAAUACUGGACUAUUUGGGCAGAAUAAUAUGAACCAGCAACAGAACAAUGGCGGUCACUUUGGACAGAAACCACAAACGAACUCAUUUGGCAAUCAGAAUCAAACUGGUGGUGGACUCUUUGGUAACCAACCCAAACCUGCUGGUGGAUUAUUUGGUCAACAAGGCAGCACUGGAUUCGGUAAUACUCCAAACCAGCCAAGUACUGGACUAUUCGGACAAAACAACAGCAAUCUAGCUGGUGGAUCUGUAUCAAACGGAUUAUUUGGUCAAAACAACAACACCAACCAGGCAAUCAAUUCAGGUAGUUUAUUUGGACAAUCCAAUGCUAACCAACAACAAAGUGGUUUGUUUGGUCAGAAACCUACCACCACUGGCUUAUUUGGCGCCAAUAAUCAACAACCACAACCUACGGCAACCGGACUCUUUGGGGCUAAUAAUAAUCAGCAGCAAUCAACCACUGGUGGUUUAUUCGGAAACAAACCUCAAACGGGUGGUUUAUUUGGUAAUAAUACUUUAAAUAACAACCAGAAUCAAACUGCAUUUAAUUCAACAGCAAAUACGAACCCACCGAACACUGGUGGCUUAUUUGGGAACAAGCCUCAAACCGGUGGUACUGGAUUAUUUGGCAAUACUAGUAAUUCUUCAACAAAUACCGGUGGAGCUAGUCUUUUCGGAAAUAAUAACGGUACAUCAGCUUUAGGAGGGACAGGCGGUGGUUUGUUUAACAACUUGAAGCCACCUCAAACAAGUGCUACCACCUCCACACAAGGAACUGGGUUGUUUGGAAAUAAGAGCAACACAACGUCGACUACGAACUCCGGAGGGCUCUUCGGGAAUAAUGCCAGUGUAUCAAAUAGUGGUGGACUAUUCGGUGGUUCCGCAAAUAAGCCUGCUACUGGUCUUGGGGGUGGAUUGUUUUCUGGGCCACCCAAUAAUAUUAAUCAAAAUCAAGGCUCAUUACAAACUCAACAACAGUUACCACCACAACAGGGGGCAAACAAUGACCCAUAUGGUACUGAUGGAUUAUUUUCAAGAGUGGUGGUUUCACCAUCUGUUAAUAAUCCUGAAACUCCAGUUGUUUCAAAAACAACGGCAGAACCCAAGAAAAAAAUCAAUUUAUUAGCUAUGUACAAAGAAUCACCAAGACCAUUGUUUGUUCCAAAGAAUAUGAGUAAGCAUAGCAACAAAGGCAACCGUAAUGAUGAAAUUGAAAAAACCAAAAUGGAUAUUAUAAGUUCUGAUAGAACAACAAAAGACAGAAAUUUGAAGACUAUCGAUCUAACGCCAGAUGUAGAGGACAGCCUGUUUGCAUUGUUGGAGUCAAUCUUUCAUGGCGACUAUGAGAGUUAUAAGACUUUUAUUGAACGCAAAAGAUCCACCCAAUUAGAACAGCAAAAACCGAAGGCACAAUUAUCAAGCAAUGUUAAUCGACCUUCAACCUUGAACAAGGCUUCUUCUACGAAUGUCGGACAAUCGCAUACGGGCUUGGUUGAAACUGAACCUAAAACCACUGAAGUUACCAAUAAGGAUCAAGAUAUGGCCAUCGCAAUUAUUCCUUCUGACGAUAAAAAUAUAUCCAUCCCUGUUACUAACUCCCUAGGUAUACAUAAGGAUGAUUUCUCAUAUGUUGGCGACAAAUAUUACAUAUCACCCUCACUAGAUACGUUGACUUCUAUGUCAUACCUACAGUUACUAAAAGUGAAAGGACUAAUUGUUGGCCAUGAAGAUUAUGGUAAAAUUGAAUUUCUAGAACCCGUUGAUCUAAGUAAUAUUUCCCUUACUUCACUUUGUGGCGAUAUUAUUAGAUUUUCAUCUAGAACAUGUUUGGUUGGUGGUAGUGAUGAGGCUACGUUGAGCCAAUGCAAGGGCAUUGAUGUUGCAGCAAAAAUUACGUGUUAUCGUUGCUAUCCAAAAGAUAGAAGCACAAGAAAAAUUGUAAAUAAUCCAGAUCAUCAGAUUGUUAAGAGACAUAUAGAAAAAUUGAAGAGACUUGAUGGUAGAAAAUACGAAAAUUAUAAUCCUUUAACCGGGGAAUAUACAUUCAGCGUUCAGCAUGCUGUGUCAGGUUAG